UUUGAAUGUGGUGGUCUAGCCCUAGCUAUUAGCCAUGCACACCCUGCUAUGGACGGAUGCACCACAUUCAAAAUCAUUUACGAAUGGGCUAAAGUGUGCAAAUUUGGUACUCCUUCUAAGGAGAUCAACUUCAUGAACUUCAAUUUAGGCACUCUAUUCCCUUACAAAGAUUUAACAACCAUUCUUGAGCCUCCGGUUGACGAAGGCAAACGUACAAACUCUAAGUUAAUUGCCAGAAAGUUUGUUUUUGAGGAAGAUGCAAUAUUGAGGCUCAGAGAAAAAUUUGACUCAACAACUGGCGAAGGUUUGAGUUUCAAACCUUCGCGAGUUGAGAUGAUUACAACACUUUUAUGGAGGUCACUUAUCCGUUCCACAGGAAGUACUUCACAUUUGAAACGGUCUGUAAUGUCAUUUCCACUUAACUUGCGUGGUAAGGUAGCAACUUUUCCUGAAAUUGCUAAUUCUUUUGGGAAUCUUAUCAUCGAUAUUCCAAUAAAAUUUGAACACGACGAUGAAACAAAAAUGGAGUCGUUGCAUCACAUUGUAAAACUCAUAAAAGAGUCAAUUCAAGUGAUUAUCAGUAAAUGUGUCAAAGCUACUCCGGAUGAAAUAAUUUCUUUGGUUAUCGACUUAUACAAGGAUAGUUACGCCGGAUUAGAGUGGGGAGGAGACAAUGAAGUUGUGAAUUUUACAUGCGCAAGUUUAUGUAGGUUCCCCAUACAAAAAACUGAUUUUGGUUGGGGAAUACCAACAUUAAUGCUUUUUGGGUCAAGACAUAGCCAAGUUUUUUGGUUGUAUGAUACUGAAUGUGAGACUGGAAUUGUCGUGCAAAUGGAAUUGGAGGAAAAGUACAUGGAUAAACUUGCAAGUGACCAAGAUAUCAUGGAUUUUGCUAAAUUUUAGGGUUUAAUUUUCAUGUUCUUUCAUUUAAUUUGUACUCCCUUCGUUUUAAUUUAAGUAUGCGUGUUGCUAUUGUUUUUUCUUUGGUUUGUUUUAAAUAUGAAUGUCAUUUUCUAUGAACACGCUUUGACUAUAAUUAAGUAGCAUUUUAACUUGUAGCAAGGAUUCUACUAAAAUAAAUAUAUAAUAAGAUUUUUGUUAGCAUUUUUGUUUAGUGUAGUAGCGAAUGUUCGCUACAAAAAAUCACUAUUUAGUGGCGACUUCCAAAAGUCGUUAAAUAAC